AUGUUGAGAUAUUGUUACCGUUUGUCACCAGAAAUUUUAUUCAUAAGAAAUCAUGUUUUCAAUUUUCAAUUUUUUUUUGAUUCAAUUUUUUUUGGAUAUAAAAAUCCAUCGAAUUGAUCCAAAUGGAAUCAGAUCACUAUUUGUAUUCAAUUCGAUCGAUCAUUGUGAUUUGUCAUCCUGAUAUUUUAUUGUAUUUUUCAACAACCAAAAAACAAAAAACAAACAAACAAAAAAAUGAAAUUCAUUCUGAUUAUCGCUAUGCUUACUGUAUUAAGCUUAAUGUUUAUCAAUACUGAAGCCUAUCAUCAUCAUGGUCAUCAUGGCCAUAAAUUGAAAAUCAAACAUGUGUGGAAAAAACAUGGCCAUCAUGGGUAUGGACAUGGUUAUGGUAAAAAACAUGUUGGCCAUUCUAAACGUUAUCAUAAACAAAAACAUCAUCAUGGUUAUGGACAUGGACACCAUGGCCAUCAUUACUGAUAUGAUAAAGAAAUGGUGAAGAAUGAAAUUAAAAUGAAAAAAUCUACUAAAAUAACUUAUAAAAAUUGA